AUGUUUCCGGGUGGUUCGGACGACAGUGUCACCGACCCUUUUCUUGACGUUCAGAAUGCAGAGAGUGAUGGAGACUCCGCCUUUGAAGAGGGUGACAUUAAUUCACUAACAACAUCGAUAUCGUCAUCGGUGUUUGCAUAUGUAUAUGAGAACGGGCGAAGAUACCACCAGCUUCGAGAAGGCAACUACAUCUUUCCCAAUGACGAGAAAGAACAAGAUCGUCUGGACAUGCUGCACCAUGUUUACAGACUAGUACAAGGUGGUCGAUUACACGUUGCUCCCAUCUCGAAUCCACAGCGAGUGCUGGACAUGGGUACAGGCACCGGACUUUGGGCACUUGAUUUUGCAGACGAGUUUCCAGAAGCAGAAGUAAUGGGUCUCGACGUUACGCCCAUUCAACCUCAAUGGGCUCCCCCCAACUGCCGCUUUAUAAUAGAUAACCUCGAAGAAGACUGGGAUUACCCCGAAAGCCAGCAUUUUGACUACAUUCAUCAACGCAGCAUGGCUGGCAGUAUCGGCAGUUGGCCACGACUCUACCAACAAGCUCUACAAAAUCUGAACCCUAACGGAUGGAUCGAGAUUCAAGAAUUUGACGUGUGGUUCUACUCUCAAGUUUCCGGGGGACUUCCAGAGGAUUCGCCAAUUACGAAAUGGCAGAAAAUGAUUGACCAAGGAAGUCAAAGCUUAGGUAGGCGGUUGAACUACGCUUCGAAGUUAGCGAAACAUUUGGAAGAUGCGGGGUUUGUAGAUGUGCAAAUACAGGUUGUCAAGACACCGAUAGGCACAUGGCCUAAGGAUCCGAAGCUUCGUGAGCUAGGGGCAUUUCUCCAAGUGCAAAUGAAUGAGGCGCUCGAGGCCGUGACGCUCGGGUAUUUCACGCGUGUACUGGGGUGGUCCGACCUUGAGACACAAGUCAUGCUCGCCCAUGUGAAGAAGGAGUUUAAUGAUAGAUCCAAGCUUUUAUAUACAUUUUGUCGAUUUAUCACAGGACGCAAACCAGGCAAAAGUAUAUAA